CAUUCAAAUAUUUCAGGAAACAAUUGUUGCUUUAACUGAUGAUGAAAGUAUAUUAUAUAUUUGGGUGUAGCUAGCAAUGUAUCAGUCUGCACUGAAGUAUUGUCCCACCAGACAAAUAUAUUUUUCCUGUGAAGACAGUUUUGUUCUUUGAAGAAGAUAAUUAUGGAAGCACUGGCUAAAUCGUACAAUGAGGUUUCCGUGAAGCUUUGCCUAAAGCUCAUUGAAGACAAUGACCAAAACAUUGCAUUUUCUCCAAUGAGUAUUGCAUCUGCUCUGACCAUGGUUUAUCUUGGUACUAAAGGCAACACAGAAGCCCAGAUGUCUGAAGUUUUAAACUUCAAGAAAUCUACAGAGAAAAAAACCUGUUCACUCUCACAGACAAAGCUACAGAAUCUAGGCGUUGCACACAUACAAAAUAUUCCUGCAGCUUUUGAAGAGCUUUUUUCAAAUGUCAAUCAACCCAGCAACAAGUAUAUUCUGAAAUCCGCUAACAGGCUAUACAGUGAAAAGAGCUUCCAUAUUGUUCAGCAAUACUCUCAACUAAUCAAGAAACAUUUUCAUGCUAAAAUACAAUCUGUGGAUUUCGCUCAUACUGCAGAAGAUGUCAGGAAGACGAUUAAUACUUGGGUGGAAAAGCAAACGGAGAGCAAAAUAAAGGACCUUUUGCCAGAAAGCUCUGUUGACUCACUAACAAAGCUAGUCGUGGUGAACGCACUCUAUUUUAAAGGAAGCUGGAAUGUUAAAUUUCCCGAAGAAAACACAGAACAAAAACCAUUCAGGCUGAGCAAGAAAAACACAAAAAUGGUACCAAUGAUGUUUCAGAGAAGCAAAUUUAAUAUGUUCUACAUUGAGGAUCUUGAGACAAAGGUGCUUGAACUCCCUUAUGUUGAUAAAGAACUAAGCAUGAUAUUAUUGCUGCCAGAUGACAUUAAAGACAACACUACUGGACUAGAACAGCUACAUAACGAACUAAGCUAUGAGAAAUUGAAAGAGUGGACCAACCCUGACAUGAUGACUCCAACCGAUGUGGAGCUAGAACUCCCAAGAUUUCGUCUUGAAGAAAACUAUGACCUGAAGUCAUACCUGAGCAAAAUGGGAAUGAGUGACCUCUUUGAUCCACAAAAAGCUGAUCUGACAGGAAUAUCAGAUAAAGGCGACCUUUAUGUGUCACAAAUAUAUCACAAAGUUUUUGUGGAGGUUAAUGAAGAGGGCACAGAGGCUGCAGCAGCUACUGGGGCCGUCGCAACUGUCAGAAUGCGCCCCAUAUCCACAAAAUUUCAGGCAGAUCACCCCUUCAUGUUCAUGAUACGGCAUAACGAGAGCAAAGUUGUCCUGUUCUUAGGUGAAUUUACCUCUCCAUAGAUGAUUAAAUAAACAAAUUGAUUAAAGGAUUUGCCACUUAGAUUUUAAAACUAUGUAUAAAUCAAGUUCAACCUUAAAAGAAAAAAAUAUAUAAACAUUGUGUAUCAUAAUUGUCAUUAAAGUGGAACAAGCAUAGUGAAUAAAUCAACUGUGGGCAUAUGGACAGAAUAUCAUGGAGAUUUAUAACUUUGGGCAUUAACAGUUGUCAGUUCCCCACCCCACUGAAAUUUCUAUUUGUGUAAAAAACUAAAAUCUCAAUAAAAAGACAACAGGCUCAUGAAA